AGGUACAAUUGAAAUAAUUGACUCACUAAGAUCAACUUGAAUUAGGCCCAUUUUGUCAAAAAUGCAUAUUUUCAGACCUGCUUUGUCAGGAUUUUCAUGUGCAGUGAAGAAGAUUGCUGGAUCAAAGGGGACUCAUAAUCAACUUCAUUGUUUAUACUGCACGAAUGCUGCGGCAAUACAGAGUGACAAAAUCCAUUUACGAGAUCAAGUCAUUCAUUUCCACAAGGCUGGUUCAGGAAGUCACCACAUAUUAUGUCUACCUGGGGCCCUUGGAUCAGGGAUGUCAGACUUUGAACCUCAGCUGAAAGGACUGGGUAGUGGUGGUGACUUCACUGUGAUAGCUUGGGAUCCACCUGGGUAUGGAAAGAGUCGCCCUCCAGAGAGGAAGUUUAAUGUGAAUAUCUUCCAUGAAGAUGCAUAUGUUGCUGCUGCACUCAUGCAGGCAUUGGGAGUGGAGCGAUACUCUCUUCUGGGAUGGAGUGAUGGAGGAAUCACUGCUCUCAUUCUUGCUGGGACACAUCUCUCAAAUAUCCAAAAACUGGUAGUCUGGGGAGCCAAUGCCUAUGUCACUCUCAAUGAUCUUCACCUUCUUGAAAAAGUGAGAGAUAUAGAUACCUGGAGCCCAAAAAUGAGAGCACCAAUGGAGAAUAUGUAUGGGAAGGACCACUUUCGGAGCAUGUGGAAUGGAUGGGUUGAACUCAUGGGAGAUAUCUUUGUUUCCUGCAGAGGAGACCUCUGUAAACAUGACCUUAAAGGUAUCUCAUGCCCCACAUUAGUGGUGCAUGGUAGCAAGGAUCCACUUGUACCAGAUGAACAUCCCCAAUUCAUUCAUAAGAACAUUCCAAAAUCAAGACUUCAUGUGAUGGAAGGGGCAAAGCAUAACCUUCAUCUGAGACAACCUGAAGAGUUCAAUGCCCUUGUCAAGGAAUUCCUACUAGAGGAAAAGGAAGAGGAUAUGAAGUGAAAGAAAGGGUCAUUCUUCACCCCCCCUCCCCCUCCAGUUGAUUCAGGCUUCCUUCUAACAUACAGUGGUGCAUACCAUAAAUUUUCCAAGUAAAAUAUGAGUGUAAGAAAGUUAUAUGUACAAAGAGAAUUAAAAUGUAUUACAGUGCUAUGUGGGAGCAUCAAAAGUGGCAUAAGGAUAGGCAAAUGUGUUGCUAUGCUGGACUUUGAUGCAUUUAAAGCCAUGUCUCCAUAUUGGGAGCAAUAGGAUUCUUGAUUGGCCUGCCAGGAGCCUAGGUUACAUGCUGAAAUGUUCAUGUAGGGAAGCCUGGAUAUAUUACAUAAUUGGAAGGUGUUAUCCAAUGUAAAGCAACAUCAAUAUUAAGAAGAGUGAUUCAGGAGAUUAUUUUGAGGCUUCAGGAUUGUGCUGAAACAGCAAGAGGUAAGGCUGAAAUUAGAUUAUUUUUAAUUCUCUAACUAUACUGCAGGAAUGCAAUCUUUGUGUUUGAUCCUUCCAUCCACUAUAUUGCUGUACCAUUUACAUUUUUUGUUUCCUACUUUUCAUGAACCAAAUCAAUUUGGCUUUGUUUUAUAAAAGUUUAUUAGCCAGUGACUUUUGAAUCACCCAGUAGACAUAUGGAAAGUCAAAUGCAAUAACUGUAUUCCUCAGCCAUACCUUCUUGUUAAAAUUACCCAUUGCUUUGCUGCAGAUGUAGGUAUCAUUGAAACUGAAUGGCAAACUUCAAUAUUUCAGGACAUGUUGAGUAAGUUUUUGAUAAUUGGGCUGGUCACGGGAGUGAUGUGGUCUAGUUGAGUUAUGUUUUUUUUUUUAUUCCAACAGCCAGAGAAAUAAUCCAUGUGGUUUUCCUUACAUUGCUUUUGACUCUCCCAUGCAGCAUAGCAAUGUAAUUGAAUUUCCUUGUUGUGUUUGACUUCAUUAUUUUCUCAUUAGACCAAGAAACUCAUAAAAUAUGAUAACCCUUGAAUGCGAUCUGACUUCCAUGUAUAAAGCUGUGACUUUCAGGUGUGAUGUAUUUCUGGUAUGUGACUGACCCAGUGCAAGAAAACUUUAAGUCACUGAUAAUGCUGGAAUGAUUGGUUAUGAAGUGAUCUUGGGGCCACAAAUGCCUCAUGAGAUUUUACUGUGAUUGUUUUGGCAUUCAUGGAGAACAAAAGCUUGUCUCUGUAGGAAGUUCUUUAUGCAAAUACAAACCAAUAUGAAAA